UCGUAGGAGGGGCAGAAAAAACUUUUUGAGUUCUGAAAAAAACCAAACGAACCUAAAACCCUAAAACCCCGAAUACCACUACCGGUGCCGUUCCACCGUACCCCUCUUCCGCCGGCCGAGCUCUGUCGCCCCAACCCUCAAGCUUCCCCGCUCAAGCUUGUGUUCCUUCCCGAUCCCAAUUAACUCGUAACAGCUAUAUAGAGGUGUCUCAGCCUCUGCUUUCGUCUUCUCCACAACAAGAACUAUCGGUGAUGGCGGCGCCCCUUCCGUUCAAGAAGAACUACCGGUGCUCCCAGGCCCUGCAGCAGUUCUACUCCGGCGGACCAUUCGCUGUCUCCUCCGACGGCUCCUUCAUCGCUUGCACCUGCUCUGACUCCAUAAAGAUCGUCGACUCCUCCAACGCAUCCAUCAGGUCCACCAUUGACUGCGAGUCUGACACCGUCACCGCCCUGUGUCUCAGCCCCGACGAUAAGCUCCUCUUCUCCGCCGGCCACAGCCGACAGAUUAAAGUCUGGGAAUUGUCCACCUUGAAGUGCCUUCGUUCCUGGAAGGGUCAUGACGGUCCUGUGAUGAGCAUGGGUUGCCAUGUCUCGGGAGGGUUGCUGGCGACAGGCGGAGCCGAUAGGAAGGUGCUUGUCUGGGAUGUGGAUGGUGGCUUCUGCACCCACUACUUCAAGGGUCACGAAGGCGUUGUCACCACUAUUCUGUUCCAUCCUGACCCAAAUAAGUCCCUUCUAUUUUCUGGGAGUGAUGAUGGGACAGUACGAGUUUGGGAUAUCCUGGCAAAGAAGCGCGUGUCAACUUUGAGAGCACACAACUCAACAGUGACCUCUGUGGCAUUAUCCGAUGAUGGUUGGACAUUGCUUGCUGCAGGAAGAGAUAAGGUUGUAUCUUUGUGGGAUUUACUCGACUUUACCUGUAAGAAGACUAUCCCGACAUAUGAGGUGCUUGAAGCCGUGUGUAUAAUAUCUCCUGCAAAUCCUUUGGCUUCAUUGUUCAAUUUGGAUGAUCAGCUAAAUCGGAAGAAAAAAGGCGGAUCUUCACUAAUUUAUUUUCUUACCGUUGGUGAGCGUGGCAUUAUACGGAUAUGGGAAUCUGAAGGUUCGGUUUGCUUGUUUAAGCAAGCAUCCUCUGACGUUACUGUAAGCUCAGAUGUGGAUGACUCAAGGAGCGGUUUCACGGCUGCUGUUAUGUUACCCUUGAAUCAAGGGCUACUCUGUGUUACUGCUGAUCAACAGUUUUUAUUCUAUUACCCUGAGAGUCUUCCUGAAGGACUCCAAUUAACCUUACAAAGAAGACUUGUAGGGAACAACGAAGAAAUAGUUGAUAUGAAGUUUCUUGGAGAGGAGGAGCAAUUUCUUGCUGUUGCAACAAAUCUUGAACAGAUACGAGUAUAUGAACUUGCUUCCAUGUCAUGUUCUUAUGUCUUGGCUGGUCACACGGAAAUUGUGCUCUGCCUAGAUACCUGCGUAUCAAGUUCCGGAAGGAAACUUAUUGUCUCAGGAAGCAAGGAUAGCAGUGUUAGGUUGUGGGACUGUGACAGGAGAUGCUGUAUUGGAGUUGGAAUAGGUCACAUGGGAGCUGUUGCUGCUGUAGCUUUCUCAAAGAGAGAGAGAAAAUUCUUCGUUAGUGGUAGUAGUGAUCGCACUCUUAAGGUCUGGAGUUUGGAUGACACGUCAGAUGGUGCAGAAGAGCCUGCUAGUUUGAAGGCUAAAGCUGUUGUAGCAGCUCAUGAUAAGGAUAUAAACUCCAUUGCAAUUUCACCAAAUGAUGGUUUGGUUUGCUCUGGUUCUCAGGAUCGGACAGCUUGUGUAUGGAAGCUCCCCGAUCUGGUUUCUGUUGUUGUAUUAAGAGGACAUAAAAGGGGAAUAUGGUCAGUGGAGUUUUCGCCUGUGGAUAAAUGUGUUAUCACAGCAUCCGGUGACAAGACAGUUAAGAUAUGGUCUAUACCUGAUGGUUCUUGCUUGAGGACAUUCGAAGGACAUACUUCCAGUGUACUAAGAGCAUCAUUUCUCACUCGUGGGACUCAGUUUGUAUCCUGUGGAGCUGAUGGUUUGGUGAAGCUAUGGGCUGUCAGAACCAAUGAAUGCAUUGCUACAUAUGAUCAACAUGAGGACAAGGUUUGGGCUGUAGCUGUUGGGAGAAAGACAGAAAUUCUUGCAACCGGUGGCAGUGAUGCUAUUGUCAAUCUGUGGUAUGAUUCAACUGCUUCUGACAAAGAGGAAGCAUUCCGCAAAGAGGAAGAAGGAGUAUUGAAAGGCUUAGAGCUUGACAAUGCGGUAGCUGAUACUGACUACACAAAAGCAAUCCAAAUUGCGUUUGAACUCCGGCGGCCUCAUAAAUUGUUUGAAUUGUUUGCUGAAAUCUGUAGGAAGAAAGAAGCUCGGGAGCUCAUAGAGAGAGCCCUUUCUUCCCUUGGGAAGGAAGAUGUUAAUAAGCUUCUUGAAUAUGCACGAGAGUGGAAUACAAAACCAAAAAUGUGUCAUGUUGCUCAGUCUCUGCUGUUUGAAGUCUUCAAAAUCUUUCCUCCCUCUGAAAUAAUUAAGAUCAAAGGCAUAGGGGAGCUCCUUGAGGGUCUCAUUCCGUAUUCUCAGAGGCACUUCAGCAGGAUCGAUAGGCUUGUGAGGAGCACAUAUUUGUUGGAUUAUACAUUGAUGGGGAUGUCGGUCAUUGAACCAGAAGCUCCUGAAACCGUGAGAGAAGCUGGUAGCAGAGCUGUGCCUCUAGGAGUUAACUCUGAGAUGAAAGACACAAAUGAUGUGCCUCUAACAGAUAAAUCAGAUGGGGAUAUUAGAGGGGAGCUGGAAGAGAAAUCUUCUGUGUCUAAGAAGAGAGGACGGGCUGGCAAAUCCAAAGAUAGAAAAUCAGCUAAGAAAGCAAAGGAUGGCGCAGCAGGUGGUGGCGUCGCUAUCCCGAUAGAGGCUUAAGACAGGUUUUUGAACACAUGCUGUCUUGUUGUAUCAGUGAGUAAUUUAUGCCAUUUCUUAAAGCUGAGGGCCGUUUUGAUCCAGGGCCCAGCGACGUAGGUGUAGAGAAAUCACAUCUGAUUACAAGUUUUCCUCAUAUUAUAGCGCAAGUCAUGUAAGAUGGGGUCUGCUCCUUGGAAUAUCAACCGACUCAAGCUCAUAUCAUUACCAUUAGUUUGUCACAUGCAUUUGGCUCGA